CUCUGACAGCUCUCCACGCCCGCUGUCAGUUAACCACGCCCUCUCCCCAAGCCCCGCCUCCUGUCAGUUAGCCCCGCCCCCUCCCGUCGCGCAGAGCGGAGUGAGCGGAGCCGCCGGCGGGCCGAUUCAGCCGCGCGCUCCCACGAUGUCUCACGAGAAGAGUUUCCUGGUGACGGACGAUGGUUUUGGGGCUCCUCCAGCGCAGCCUCCGCCGCCGCCGCCGUCCUACGCGCAGCCCCCGUUCCCCAACGCUCCGUACCCGACGCCCCACUUUGCGGCUCCGUACGCGCAGCCGGGCUUCGCUCCGGGGCCGUAUCCUGCUGCGGGGCCGUACCCCGCUCCCGCUCCGUACCCCACUCCCGGGCCGUACCCCGCGGGGCCGUACCCUCCGCCCGGGCCGUACCCGCAGGGCCCCUACGCGCAGCCGCCCUUCGCGCAGCCGCAGCCCAUGGUGCCCGGAGACCAGGACUCGCCGCUGCACAGUGCGUACCACGAGGACGGUCCCCCCUCCUACUAUGACAAUCAGGACUUCCCCAGCGCCCACUGGGACGACAAAAGCGUCCGCCAGGCCUUCAUCCGCAAGGUCUUCCUGGUGCUCAGCCUCCAGCUCAGCGUCACCUUCGCCUUCGUGGCCGUCUUCACCUUCGUGGGCGGCGUCAGAGGCUUCGUCAAACGCAACGUUUGGACCUAUUACGUCUCCUACGCCGUCUUCUUCAUCUCCCUCAUCGUCCUCAGCUGCUGCGGUGAUUUCCGCCGCAAACACCCAUGGAAUUUGGUGGCUUUGUCCGUGCUGACCGUCAGCCUCUCCUACAUGGUGGGGAUGAUCGCCAGCUUCUACCACACCGACGCCGUCAUCAUGGCCGUCGGCAUCACCGUCGUCGUCUGCUUCACCGUCGUCGUCUUCUCCCUCCAGACCAAGUACGAUUUCACCUCGUGCCGCGGAGUCCUCCUCGUCUGCCUCGUGGUCCUCAUCCUCUUCUCCAUCCUCUGCAUCUUCAUCCGCAACCGCAUCCUCGACAUCAUCUACGCCUCCCUGGGAGCGCUGCUCUUCACCUGCUUCCUGGCCGUGGAUACGCAGCUGAUCCUGGGAAACAAGCAGCUGGCGCUCAGCCCCGAGGAAUACAUCUUCGCCGCUCUCAACCUCUACACGGACAUCGUCAACAUCUUCCUCUACGUCCUGGCGAUCAUCGGCCGCGCCAAGGAGUAGCGGCGCCCCCCCCGGCCCUCGCACCCCUUUUCCCUCGCCCCCCUUUUCCCUCUCCCCCCUUUUCCCCUCUCCCCCCUUUUCCCUCACCCCCCUUUUCCCGUCUCCCCCAUUCCCGACGCCUUCUCCGUCCCCGUUCUCGUCGGUUUCCCCCCGUUACGGUUUCUUUGGUCCCGGUUUCCCGCGGCUCCCGGGGCCCCCGUCCCCCCCUGGGUCCCCCAUCCCCGUGCGCACGCGCUCCCCGCCCGGAUCCCCGAUCCCAAGGGGGGGUCCCCGCUUCCAGAGCCCCAUUCCCAGGGCCCGGAUCCCCCCCUCCCCACGCGGCCGAGGCUCCGCUCGCGCCCCGUUCCGUGGCUCCUGCAGUUAAUAAAGCUCCGGCUCUGUCCUCAGCG